GCCGCGAAAAUGCCUGCCAGUGUUUCACACUCUGGAGAAAAGAGCACAACUUGACUAGAUAGUUUGGAUAUAAAGGUUAACUAACUCUCAGAAAACAUUCCCCUUGAUGUGAUUUCAGUCAUUUUAAGGUAGGCUAUACCAUACUGAAAGACGUCAUGAAGACGGAUAAAGACGGUAAAGACAUGAGGGGAGUGACUGUUAACCGCUUUGCUGAAGAGGUUCCCUCCUCAGGAAUGGCUAAGAAUGGGUACUUCUAUCAAGAGAUGGAGCAGAGGGAGAGAGAAGAACAUGAGGAGGGGAGCGAGGAGCGAGAGGAGGGCCAGGACUCUCCCAUCCCAUCAGGAGAUGACAUUCAUCUCUACGGCAACCAGACACACCAAGGAGGAACAGAAUCUGAUGUCCAUGGCUGUGUGCUGCUUAACACUUCUCGAAGGUAUGUGAAGCUGAUGAACUUCGAGGAGGAAGUGAGAGCUCACAGGGAUCUGGAUGGGUUUCUGGAGAGGGCCAGUAUUCUGCUGCACGAGGACGAGGCCUCUCUAGAUGAUGUGUUAAAGACAAUGCUCCGCCACGUCUCACAGGACCCUCACACCGCUGAGCCUGGCUGCAACUUCGAGGAGAUCAUGAGCUCACUCUUCACAGACGCCGGGUCACAGGAAGUCAAUGACAGGUCGCAGAAUUUCAUUUUCUAUGACGACGUGCAUCUAUUGUCAGAGACGCUGCAGUGUGUGACGGCCACAGCCACAGGGAUCCAGUACCAGCAGUCCUGGCUUUGCAUCCUCUGCAAUGUGAAGAACCUGCAGAGGCGGCACGUGUGUAUCUCACGCCUAGACCGUCCACAGAACUGGGGGGAAAACUGUGCAGAGGUCCGCUAUGUUAUCCUCAUUCUGGCACCUUCAAAGAUGAAAAGCACUAAGACGGCGAUGGAGCUGGGCAGGACGUUCGCCAGCAUGUUCUCAGACAUCUCUUUCAGACAGAAGCUGCUAGAGAGUAAAACUCAAGAGGAGUUCAAAGAGGCGCUGGUCAUCCAGAGGUACCACCUGACCGCUGCCAAGCGUAAAACUACAGCUGUGGAGGGCGAAGAGACAGACCCGCACAGUCAAAAACCACUGAAGUCUGCAGAAUCUGUGUUCUCUCAUCUUGUGUCUCUCUCUCUGCUGUGCAGGGGGCCCUGUUGUAGAGAUUUUUUCAGAGUGGGCAGAGGAAUCUAUGAGGAUCUGUGUCGCCGACUGCCUCUCUACCCGUCUGACUUCACUGAUGGUUUAGUGGGUAAUAACAAAGCCCUAGUCAAGUUCAUGACGACGUCCAUCUUUCUCUACAUUGCUGUGCUGCUUCCUGCCAUUGCUUUUGGCUCACUCAACGACGAGAGCACUCGGGGCGAGAUUGAUGUUCAGAAGACGAUCAUCGGGCAGAGUAUAGGUGGAAUCAUCUACUCAUUGUGUGCUGGCUCUCCUCUCGUCAUUCCACUGACCACAGCGCCCAUCGCUAUUUUCAUCAGCGUGAUUAGGGGAGUCUGUGAUGAUUAUGAGCUGGACUUUGCAGCAUUUUAUGCAUGUAUCGGCCUAUGGAACAGCCUCUUCCUCAUCAUGGGAGGAAUCUUCAACCUCAGUCUGCUUGUUAAGCUUUUCAAAAGGUCGAUAGAAGAAGUGAUAGCUUUGUUCAUUUCCAUUGCUUUUGUAGCAGACGCAGUUAAGGGCACUGUCAAGAUCUUUCAAGAGUACUAUCAUGCUCCCACUUUGGCCAAUGGGAGUGCGGCAGAGCUGAAUCGCAUCAGUGGAAGUGUACAUUUAGGGGAACUGAACCUGACUGAGGCAGGGUCUGUGUCCCUCCCAGAAUCCUUCAUUCUGUGCACACGGGCACGACCGCUACUCUGUCUCCUCCUCAUGAUGGGCACACUGUGGGUGGGAUACACACUGUACCAGUUCAGGAGGAGUCCGUUUCUGCAUGUGAAGAUGAGAGAGAUUCUGUCCGACUGUGCUCUGCCUAUCUCAGUGCUUGUCUUCUCUUAUGUGGGAUCAUACGUUUUCAACGACAUUGCCUUGCCAGUGUUCAACUUCCAUGAAGGUCCAAUGUUUCAAAUAGCCCCGCUGGAUAAGCUGUCUGGAGCAAGUGUUUUGAGUGCAAUGGGUUUGGGCUUCCUCCUGUUUAUCCUCAUUUUUAUCGACCAGAACAUUGUUGUUUCUCUCACAAAUGCUCCCGAAAACAGGUUACUGAAGGGCACGGCGUAUCACUGGGACCUGACUCUGUCUGGCCUGAUUAAUAUUUUGAUGUCUGUGCUGGGCUUGCCGUGGAUGCAUGCUGCGUUCCCGCACUCUACUCUGCACGUCAGGCAGCUGGCCAUCGUGGAGGAAAGGGUGGAAGGAGGACACCUUUAUGAGACUAUAGUGAGUGUGAAGGAGACGCGAGUGACCUCGCUCGUGGCUAACAUCCUGAUAGGUGUGAGCUUGUUUCUGCUGCCGGUGCCCCUGCAGUGGAUUCCCAAGCCUGUGCUUUAUGGGCUCUUCCUCUACAUCGCUCUCACCUCCAUUGACGGCAAUCAAAUGUGCGACCGCAUGGCUCUGCUACUCAAAGAACAAACAUCCUACCCGCCAACCCACUACAUCCGCAAGGUGCCGCAGAGAAAGAUCCAUUACUUCACUUUCCUUCAGAUGGUGCAGCUGCUUUUCCUCUGUGCAUUUGGGAUGUACCCUCUCCCGUAUAUGAAGAUGAUCUUUCCUCUGCUAAUGUUUAUCCUCAUACCCAUCAGGAACUGUCUACUGCCCAGGAUCAUUGAGGCUAAGUACCUGGACAUUAUGGAUGCACAGCGCAUGUGAACACAUGCACACUGAGCCUCUGAGCAAAGGACUCUGGGAAUUGUAUUUCUGAAAUGCAAAACUCUGGGAGGAAAAACAAACUGAUUCUAGUGUUUAACAGCAGGCAUUCUGGUGAAGCACUGAACGAGUAAUAGAGUAACAGAACGAGAGAUUAGAAAAGAAGGAUAUUUGAAGACAGAACAAGAGAGGGGGAAGAUGAGCUGCCUGUUCAAGACAGAGUAGAAAGACAGACCACUGUCUGACUGUUUGACUAUUGACCUUGGUCAGUCACUGCUUCUCUCAUGAUCUGAAUAGUACACCAAAGCCCCCUCCCCCCCUCUCUAGUCUAUUCUGAUGUAUCCAAUGCAUCACAGUACAGAUCAAACACUUGUUUUAGAAAACGUAGGAAACCGUCACAUUUAUUCUCAACAAUUGUGCCAUGACUAAUUUACACGAGCGUUCUCUCCAUCUCCGAUCAUAGUGUUUUUGGACACAAACCCAGCUGGUUUUUGAACAAGAGACUGAACUGAAUCUGUAGCAAUACCUCUUAAUGCUGAACACUGACUCGCACGCACGCUCACCCAGUGCACAAACUCUCAUGCGUCAAGUAACAAAAAAAGCAGUCAAUCGCAGAUUUUAGUGCAUUUUGGUACAUAUCAGUGCAAAUAAGUAAUAAUGUCAUGAGCAUGGACCAAAACAAUACACUCACCUUAUUGGGAAACUGUGUCUCAUAGCAAUACAGCGGAUUAUUAGAGGCUAUCGAUAUUUUGAGUUUUCUAAAGAGAGUUUACUUUCGAGGUAAUAGACUUCUAGUUUGGAUACCCACUGAUGUGUUGAGAAUGUAUCCUAAGCGCUGGGGUUUCAGGGAAAAGGAGAAAAACAACAAGCAGCAUUUCUGUGGACCUUACUCACUGCUGAAUGGACUCUGACAUUUAAGCUUUGCACAUCACAAGACACCACGACUGUGUACCUUCCUCAGUCUCACAAACACUCUCACACACAGGCAUGAUUAUAAACAAUGCCCAAAAGAAAGGCACUUACUUAAACGCACACGAUCAUGUCCGUCCAUCUCACUAUAUAUAUUUAAAACAGAGAAAGCAUGCCUUUUAUAAGACAUUGAAACUUUUGAUUUAUAUUACUAUUACGUAAUUUGUGUUAUUAUUAAAAGCAACUAGAAAUAAUGGUCAAUUGAAGGUUUAGUUCCAUUAUAUCCUUACUUCAUAGUUGUUUAUAGUUGUUUGCGGUCUUUCUGAAUAAAACCCUCUUAGAGAUCCCAAGAAAUUGGAAGAUGCAGAUAUCUUUGAUGAUUUUGACCCAUCGAACUACAUUACAUUCCCAAAAUAGACGCUGUAAAUGAAGGCUCGCAAAGAAAGACAUGGUUUGCAAAAAAAAAAAAGUGAGCACAUGUCACUUAAUCAUUGAAAAUGUGAGAUUAGAGAAAGCUGAGAAUCAGACUAGACAUGGAGAGCGUUAAGCUUCACAGAGAGAUUAGGCGUACUAUUGAAGAAGGUGGUUUUCUCUUGAAGACCUCGCAGCACUUGCGUAAUCAGCAUUCCCAUUUCUUGCUCUCUAUCUUCUCUGUAACCAUAUCAUAGUUAUUCUCCUUGAGUCCAGACCUCUGGUGUAAAAACAAGUUCCCUUCAGUAAUCCUGUUUGUCAUUGGACAUCUCUCAGUAUUUACUGUAAUAUUGAAGUAUUCAACUUUAAUUUGUGGUCGCUCACACCUGGGUGGGAUAUGUUGACGAGUUUUGUUCUGUGAUGUUUAAAUAUUGUUUUGGAUUUUUUAUUUUCUAAUCAUGAAUGUAUAAUGUGUAGAUUUUUAUAAAGCACAUAAAAAAUAUUCAUUGUAAAAUCGAUUUUGUCAAACAGAUAAGCUAAAUUUGUAAACUGCAAUAUGUAAAAACUAAGGUAAAUAAGAGACAUGUUUAUUGGAAGGAUGGUGUGGGUUUAAUAGGGGUAUGCUAUACACUGAAAUCUAGAUCAUUUCAAGCUGAUUGCCAAAUAAAGAGAUAUAUUGAUACCCA